CCUAUCCCAGAGCUACGGUGGCUCUUCGUGCCUGAAGAUGUUUUCUUUUCAUGUUCUUUGUUUUAGUUACGAGGAGCCUGACAAGUGCCUGGUUCUCUACGGCGAUGAUCAGGGAUGUGUGAACAUUCUGGCUUUGGCUUCUGUUGGUGAACUACUGAGAACUUGGAAGAAACUGCCCAAAGUGGACAACAUACCCAACACUAGCAUUAGUAAUGCUGUGACCUCGCCAGACGUGAACUAUGUCCGCUGGAAAGUGCAUGGAGACUGGGUCACUCAGUUGAACUACUACGACUCCAUCAAAGCUGUCAUUUCAAGCUGCAACCAUGAGCCCACCGCUCUCGUGAUAGGGUGCACUAUGGGAGCAUCAUAUGUCCAUCAAAAGAUGAAAGAUAACCAGGAUGUUUGGGAAAACGUCAAAGCAAGAAAAAGCCAGGCAUUCCUUGGUUUGCCCCAAAGGCGAGCAGAAGGGGAUCAUACAGUGUUUCACAUCUACAAAGGAGUUAAAGCAUUUUCAUUCUGUAGAAGAAAGAACUUGCUGCUGACAGGUGGGAUGGAUCGAAUCAUUCGUGUCUGGAAUCCUUAUCUGCCAGGAAAACCAAUUGGGCUGCUGAAAAGUCACACAGCUCCAGUGCUCUACAUCCAUGUGUCUGCUGAGGAUAACAAAAUAUUCUCCAUGUCCACUGACAACACAGUGAAGAUCUGGGACCUGGACAGCCAUGACUGCUUGUUUUCUGCCUCAGCUAAAGCCAGUGGAAUCACGGGCGAGCUGGCUGCCUGCCUCUACCUCCCCCACCUCAGAACCCUGUGCGUGGCCACCAAUGCCAUGGCACUCCUGCACCUGAGACUGAGAUGUCCUUUGGAGCCUCACCUGGUGGUCUCCCACAGAGAGCCUGUGGUGUGCUGCAGGUACAACCCAGUCUUCCGGCAGGUGGUCAGCUGCUCAGAGGCAUCGGUGGUGAAAGUAUGGGACUUUGAAACAGGAGCCUUGUCAUCUGAAUUCAUUGGGGCUCAUGGCAACACUGGAAUCACCUGUCUGACCUUCGACUCCAGUGGAAGAAGGCUGGUCACGGGGGGCAGAGACGGCCGCCUGAAAAUAUGGAACUACAACAACGGGCACUGUCUCCACACUCUGGAACAUGAUGAAAAGCAAUGUGAAGUUUGUGAUUGUGUCUACCUGGAAGUGAAUCAAAAUAAGUGCAUCAUAGCUGUUGGAUGGGACCGAAGAAUAAAUGUGUAUUUUAACCAAGGACAUAAGGAAGACAUCCUCUGUGUGACCCAGUGCCCACCAUUUCUUCUGGCCACUUCCAGUUACGAUGGGGAGAUCAUCAUUUGGAAUGUCAUCUCUGGCCACGUGUACUGCAAGCUGAAUACCCCCAGCCCAUCUGAUGGUGCAGAAGAGGGAGAAGGUUCCGACAGGAGCAUUUCCUGCCUUGCCUUCUUAAAGACACGGGCAGUGUGUGACCGCAGUGCUGCUGCAGCUUCUCUGAUGGCCAAUGGGCCUCAAGGUUCCCUCACCUUCUGGAAAUUGUCCAGUGGCACCUGUGCCCUUGCAGACUUCGCUCCUUCUAAAAGCAAGGCCCGGGUCAGCAGCAUUGUGGUGACAGCAGGAGACACACUCACUUUCGUGGCUGAUCAGGAUGGAUUUGUGCACGUCUAUGACAUCCAGGGUUAUGGCCUGCAGGGUGUGGAACUUCAGCCUCCCAAGAAUGUGACCUUUUGGCGGUCCCAUACCACCACAGUGACCAGUUUGGAGCUGAUAGAGGAGAAGUUUCUGCUGUCAGCCUCCCUGGACCACACUGUUCGCCUUUGGAGCACGGCUGGGGAAUACAUAGGGACCUUUGGGCAAAGUGACCCCUGGGAUAUCUUCACUCCUGAUUCCUGGAGCCACCCCAGAGUGCCCUGUGAAAUUCUGACAGCAGCUCAGAGCAAGCCUGUUGAGCAAACACUGGAAGGAGAGGUUUCUGCUGUGUGCACAGGAAAGGAGGAGAGAGGAAAGCCUGAGAAGAUCUCAAACCCCCUAGAAGAUGCCACGGCCACAGCGGAAGCUGAAAGGAGAGGAGACCCGCACCCACACCGCUGGCCUGCACCAUGCAGUAGCAGGCUGCUGCUGGAACGGAGCCUGCCUUCUCUGGGAUCACCGGGGCAUGCAUGGCCCAGCAUUUACCAGGCCCUUCGCUGCCACGAGCUCGCCUGCGUGUCCAUGCUCAGAGAGAAGCCGGAUCUGUCUGUCAUUGGAUCAGAUUUGUUUAGUUUCAACAUUCUGACACAGGAAAAGGAAGGAAGUGAAACCACCCUGACAGAGGGCUGAUGGGAGCUCAGGUCCCCGCUGUGAGUUCUGGAGACACUAGGUUCUGUCAUCUUCUCUUGGCCAUUCUUCUUCUGGAUUCGUCAGGGAUUAACCCACUGAGAUUCAGCUUGGCCCAACGGGGUCGUGAAGAAUAAAGCAAAAACCAAAGCACGCUAGUAGAUAGGAGGCACAGGGGAGAUGAGUGCUCCGGAAGUAAUAGAAACAAGAUGGGAUAUAAGGAAGUUGCUGUCACUAAUUCUAAAGACAAAAGCAUUAUGGCUGGACCCACUUUGUGGACUCAGAACUGAUAAGAUUCUAGCUGGUGGCAACUCAGACCAGAGAAGGCUUGACCCCACUGGAGAGAGGAACAAAGGAUUGUUGUAAGGACAUGAAUGUGGACACCAAAAGUUUCACUCUUCCCCCUUGACAAUGUCAUAGCAACACUUGUUUUUUCCCUUUGGCUUUUUGGGUUACUCCUGGCUCUUCACUGAGGAAUUACUCCUGGUGAUGCUCGGGGGACCAUGUGGAACUCCAGGGAUCAAACCCAAGUCGACUGCAUGCAAAGCAAAUGCCCUACCCACUAUUGCUCUGGCCCAAGCUACAGACUUUUAUCUAGGUAGAAAGCCCGACAUAGGGCAGCUUGGGAGGAAACCUAUAAAAUCAACUCUGCAAAGGCAAGCAGGCAGCAUCCCCAUGGUGGGAGCAAGGUGGGAUUGGGGGGUUGCAUUCCACCUGAGAUGUGGAACCUCAGCUCUCUCCCCACUGGAGAUGCCCAUGUUCUCUCUUGAAUGUGUUGGUUAUUUUUUUCUUUCCUUCCUCAUAAUCUUUAAAUAAAAUCAUUUU